AUGUCAAAGACCUCGAGGAGCAAAGGCGCAGCGGCGUCAAACGAUGGCAGCGAAGAGAAGCACCACAAAUACAGAUGCCGUGAUUUGAAGCGGCAGCUCGAAGAGCUUGAAGAGUACAACGAGAUGCUUGCUGUCAAGCUGUAUCGCUCACAGAAGCGCCUGCGCCGGAUGAAGAUCGAGAGAAAUUUGCUGCUCGAGCGGCUUGAUCGCACUCGCCGCUACACCGACUCGGCCUCUGACUCGGACGUGCCCCUGAAGGACUCGUUUGUUCGUGCCCACAUCUCCGACAACGAUGCCCCCGAGCCGCAACCACGUACUGCUGCCGCCGGACGGUCGCGCCGGCGUCAAAACCCCGCAAGCGGUGUCGGUACCCCGCAGCAGCAGACUCCCUCACACUCGUCGUCGGUUGAUCCCUCGACAACCACCCGCAAGUCGGGCUCAAAUAAGGAUCCGAAUGCCCCGAAGCGCCCGGCCAAUGCCUUUGUUUUGUUCUGCCAGGCUGAGCGGCCCGGCGUCAAGAACUCGAGCGUCGAGAUGAGCUCGGGCGAGCUGACCCGGGUGAUGAGCCUCAGAUGGAAGAACAUGUCCGAGGAUGAGCGGAAGCCGUACUUUGAGAUCUACGAUCGUGAGAAACUGAGGUACGAGAAGGAGAUGUCGUCGUAUAUUGGUGGCUCGACCAACAACGCCGUGUCGUCGGCCGCGUCGGCGACGUCCACCGCUGUGCCCUCCGCCGCAGCUGGAGAUAUUGCCGACCAGGCAUCUACCCACGGUGAUACUGAGGCUGACGUUGAGGCACCGCCUCUAGACGCCAACACAUCCACAGCUGCCCCAUCUAUCGAUGGUGUAGACCUGUCAGCAAAGAGCGUGGUAGAGGACUCCAAGCCUACAGCGGGCGAUGACAACCAGACCCAUAGCAACGGAAAGGAUGCUGAGGCGCAGCAGCAGGAGCAACAGGGAGAGCAGCAGCCAUCGCCACCCCCUGUGGCCAACGGAUCAUCAGCCAGCACGGCCAUUGUCGGUGCCAUUGAUAGUGCUGCCGCGGUAACAACCGAAACGGUGGAAGCAGCUGAAACAGCUGAGGGCAGUAAUAUUGCUCAAGAGGCUCCGGUUCCGGAAUCUACGUCAGACACGGGGAAUGAGCCGCCUCCACUUGCUACUGCACCGACUACUGCAGACGACGGAACUCCAAAAUAUCCGGCCGAUAACCAAAUUCACGAGCCACCACAUGUAAGCAACGUUAACAAAAUACUGGCUAACGAUAUGCCACCAGCCGAGCUAUCGGCUUCGCAACAGAACGGGGUUGCAGACCAAUGA